AUGAAGCAUAGCGUGAUCAGAGUCUCGAAGCACCUCACUCAACUACCUCGUCACCAUCGACCCCUCAUCACUCACCACCCUCUAUCCAUUGUACCGACUUCUCCCAGCGUCGCGAACAUUCAAAGCCGAAGCCCAUCCUUUGCAACCUCUCCUUACCCGUGUACAUACAACCAAUCCCGUCACUUCUCAACUUCAUUGGCGCCCCCGUCAGACUUCAACAUGAACGCCCCCCUGCACAAGAAACCCAUCAACCUCCUCCGCGGCUGGCCCUCCCCCUCCCUCUUGCCGGCAGCAGCGCUGUCUGCCGCCGCCGUCAAGACCCUCGCCGAUCCCGCUGUCUACGUCCCCGGGCUCCAGUACGGUCCGGACCCCGGCUACCAGCCCCUUCGUGAAUCUAUCGCCCGCUGGCUCUCCGCGUUCUACACAGCCGCCGACCCCGCACCUCCGCCGGCUAGCCGCACAGCGAACACGGGCAAUGAGGGCCGUUUCGAACAUCACCCGCCCGACGCCCGCCGCAUAUGUGUCACGGGCGGUGCCAGCCAGAACCUCGCGUGCAUCCUGCAGUCCUUUACCGACCCGCUUUACACAAAAAACGUCUGGAUGGUCGCGCCGUGCUACUUCCUUGCAUGCCCCAUCUUCGCCGAUGCCGGGUUCGACGGGCGCCUUAAGUCGGUUCCUGAAGACGAUGACGGAAUCGACAUCGAGUAUCUGAGAAAGGGGCUCGAGGCCGCGGGCAGAGGUAGUGACGAACGUUUCAAACAGGCGAAGAAGAGGAAGCUCUAUCGCCACAUCAUCUACGUCGUCCCGACAUGCUCCAAUCCGAGCGGCAAGACCAUGUCACUCGCUCGCCGCUACGAGCUCGUCGCCCUCGCCCGUCAGCACGACGCCCUCAUCGUCAGCGACGACGUCUACGACUUUCUGCAGUGGCCCCUGACCUCCCCCGACACACCCCCAGGCCCAUACACCCCUGAGAUGCGCCUGCCCCGCCUUGUGGACAUCGACCGCGCCCUGGGCGUCUCGGACGCCUCCUUCGGCAACGCAGUAUCCAACGGCUCCUUCAGCAAAAUCGUCGCCCCGGGCGUGCGGACGGGCUGGGCCGAAGGGAGCCCCGCCUUCGCGUACGGCCUUUCACAGACGGGGUCUACGUGCAGCGGCGGCGCGCCAAGCCAGCUGGCGGCGACGUUGGUCGCGGAGCUCCUCGAGAGCGGGGAGCUGCAGAGGCAGCUCGACGAGGAGACAAGGCCCGCGCUGGCGAGGCGGCACCGGGCCAUGAUGCAGGCAAUUGCAGAACACGUCCAGAAGCCGUUGGGCGACGGGGUCGCGGUUCGCGAGUCCGCGCUGAAGGGCACCGGCUUGUACGGUGGUUAUUUCGUGUGGUUCAGCCUGCCGGAGGGCAUGUCGAGCCGGGAGGCCGCAACCCGGGCCAAGGAGACGGAGAACCUGGUCAUUGGUCACGGUGCCCAGUUCGAGGUUCACGGGGACGAGGAGUCUGCGAGGUUCGACAGGGAGAUUCGUCUGUGUUUCUCUUGGGAACCGGAGGAGGACGUCGUAGAGGGCGUAAAGAGGCUCGGUGCUGUUUUGAAGGCAAUGAAGGACGGCGUCCAGUGGAAGUCAACCAAUGGGGUUGAUGUAGACAACGUCAAAUGA